GGAAGAAGCCAUGAUUAACUGGUCUCAUUGUGGCAGCACCGCUACCAGCACCAUCAUCUUCCAGUCACAGCUGCUGCUCACCUUGUGCUUGGCAGCACUUCUUUGUCCUUUGUGCCUGGUGACGAGCCAGGAGGAAAACCAGACCCAGUCACCUGUCCAGGUGUUUCAAGACUUGUUGGUCCGAUAUGGUAACAACAGCACCAUCACUGUACCCCAGCUCCGCUCUCUGUUACUCCACCUCAGCCAGGGGCAUGGCGACACAAAUAUGUCCCCCACUGAGAGCCCACCAACUACAGUUACCAAAGCCAACAAGACUAUGUGCUUAUCUGCAGACAUACUGGCAGUUUACAGACUCAGUGAGCAGUCACAGCUUGAUGAGCGAGGUUUUCAGGAGCUCUGCCCUGCCAUGCUACAGCAAUUAGAUGCUGGCACCUGCAGGACACAUAAAGAGGAAGAGCAUGACAGUAGUACGUCUCCGAGGCCUUCUGAUGCUGAAGUGUGGGGUUAUGGGAUCCUAUGUGUGACACUGAUCUCUCUGUGUUCGUUGGUCGGGGCCAGUGUGGUGCCCUUCAUGAAGAAAACGUUUUACAAGCGACUGCUGCUCUACUUCAUAGCCCUGGCCAUUGGCACACUCUACUCCAACGCCCUGUUUCAGCUCAUCCCAGAGGCAUUUGGAUUUGACCCCAUGGUGGAUUUCUACGUGUCCAAGUCUGCAGUGGUGUUUGGAGGAUUUUACUUGUUCUUCUUCACAGAAAAAGUCCUCAGGGUGCUUCUCAAACAAAAACGUGGGAGUCACGGCCACAGUCAUUACUCGGGUGCAGAUCGUUACUCUGCACCCGGCAGGGACACGGAGGAGGGGGAGGAGAAGCUCCAGCAGAAUGGAGAAGCAAGUAGUCUUGCCUUGGGCAAGGUGGAUUCCGGAGAGGGGGACUUAAUGCUCAGUCCUGCACAAACACCACAGGAUUCCCAGAGUCCAGUCAGUGGUGGGACAUCCAGUCACGGUAGCGGUGGUUGCUAUUGGCUGAAACGGACAACCUAUUCUGAUAUCGGCACGCUCGCAUGGAUGAUCACACUGAGUGAUGGCCUGCACAACUUUAUUGAUGGCCUUGCCAUCGGUGCCUCCUUCACAGCCUCCGUUUUCCAGGGCAUCAGCACCUCAGUGGCCAUCCUAUGUGAAGAGUUUCCCCACGAGCUGGGCGACUUUGUGAUCCUGCUGAACGCUGGCAUGAGCAUACAGCAGGCCAUGUUCUUCAACUUCCUGUCUGCUUGUUGCUGUUACUUGGGCAUGGGCUUUGGAAUCCUGGCUGGAAACAGCUUCUCCCCCAACUGGAUCUUUGCUCUGGCAGGAGGGAUGUUCCUCUACAUCGCUCUAGCAGAUAUGUUUCCAGAAAUGAAUGAGGUGAGUCGUGAGGAAGAAGAUGCCGGCGGCAGGCGGUUCCUUCUCACCUUUUUCAUCCAGAACGCCGGCUUGCUGACGGGCUUCUCCAUCAUGCUCCUGCUCACUACUUACUCUGGGCAGAUACAGCUGGGUUAACGUGACAUUCCUGUGUGUGACACGGUACUGAGACAUCCAUUGGUUCCUGCUGGGCUUAAACCAGCCUCAGACAGAACUGGUGCCCAGAUUUCUUUUUCUCAGAUUUAGAUUUCUCUUGUUGUAACUGUUAUCAGGACUGGUGACUGUGCGGCAGGUACGCACCUUUCUAUAUCAAAAAUGUUUUAGUAACUGCUGUUACGCAAUACCCAUAAUGCCGUAGAGUCCUGUCAAAGUAUGUAGAGGCCUUCUUUUCCUCAUCUUCUGCUCUUGUCCUGACCAACCGCUCCCGUCAGUCUAAAUUGCCAGCAGAGUCGACGUGCACAGGCGAGUUCAUGGAAGGAGACAGCUGUUCUGAAUGCAAACCCGUGUGCAGUAUGAACUCUCCUCCAUUCCUCUCCUCACAAAUACGCCAGUUUUCUCUCAUUUUAUCUUCAUCUUUCAGUGAAAGUUGAUGAGCUGCAGACUUUGUGGAUCCAAGAUGCACAGUAUUUACAGUUGGGUCCAUAAUUACUUGGAUAUCAGUAUCCAUAUUGUCCGUUUAUUGUUGUGGCUGUGUGCUACAGCAUGUUGGAGGUAGAAGCAAAUCAUUCACCAUCACACAGUAUGAUCUUAUUUUGCACCUGCCGGCUUUAAUUUGGGAAGAUACAUAUAUAUUGUGUGUGUGUGUGUGUGGUCAUACACAGGUUGCAUGAAUGCUGCAGGUGCUUAUGUAUUGCAGGACUUUCUGUGUGUAGCAAUUUAGGCUGAAUACUGCCCUUAUUUGAUUUGAACUCUAAUAUACUGUGGUAGCAGAAAUGACAAAAGAUUGUCUGUGUCCAAAUAUUUACACACUUGCUCAGGAAGUGUGAAAAGCACAAACAGACAAUAUUUGUACUAUUGAUCUCAUCCCUGUUUUAGUAUUGACGUUUUCUUCUUAUUUUAUAGACAAACCAAAUCCUGAUGCACCUGAAAGGAACUCUUAAUUAAAUGUGUGCCAGCUGACUUCCUGCUGGACUUUUUAUGUUGUUUUGAUUUGUUUUGUUUUUUUAAACAUGAAAAGUGACUUUUGAAGACCAAAUGUGGGCAGAGUAUUGGUGCUGGUGAAGGACUGUAAGUGACAGUUCAGAGGGGCGUGGUUAUUCCAAAUAAGUGCGUGACUUGUGCACAAGUUACAUUUCCUUUAAACCGUGGAUCACUUCUCUUAAGGUGAUGGAAAAAAAAGGUCAGAGCUCAAUAUUUUUGUUCUUUGCAGUAUGAGGCACAGCAGCAAAUAUUAUGUAAUUUUUCCAUACUGUAAAUUAUUUUUGCCCUACAAAAAGGAAAUGUAGUUGUCAUUAUUUGGAAUUUAAAUCCAAAUUUGUGCUCUCUUCUGACCCACAGAAACCACAUUUCCAAGAAUGACUCCUAUUUUUAUUCUUUAACCUGAUUGAUUUAGGUGGACACGCUGUGCCUGGUAAUCCUUGACUUUUUACCGUAUUAGUCAUCCAUCAUAAUGAUAGAAGUUUAUAGUACAUAGCAUGUUAUCUUGAUAUUCCAAUCCCUUUAUUUCUAAGGUGAAACAC